CCCGAACCGAAUCGAGUGAUGCGGAUCAAGCCUUCUUCCGGCCUCCCGGAGUACCCCGGCGUGAGGCGGCUCCGUCACCGGCGCCUCCUCACCUACCUCCGGCUCCAAGCGCAGCUAAUUAAAAGCAUCCGCCGUCGAUGUCGUGUUCCCCCCCGGCGCGCAGGAUGAUCCCGCAGACGGACGCGCUCAUGUGCGAGAUACAACUGCAGCGGCUCGUGGCGGGGGGGAUGUGGAGCGGCGCGCUGGACUACGUCGGCCGUUUCCUGCCGCCCGACGGCGGCGGCGGCGGCGUCGAGGCCCGCGCUCUCAUCUACUUCCUGCAGUCGCUUUGGGCCUUCACCAACAUCGUCGCCGGCGCGAACUGCGGCGCCGUGACGGCCUCCGCGCACCGCCACGACAUCCGCUUCGGUAUGCGCAUGUCCCGCAACGCCAAGCUCUUUGCCAUCCUCGACGGCAUGCAUGCUCAAGUCGCCCAAAUUCAGGUAAAACCUGCUGUUACCAGAAAAGAUCGCCAAGCUCUACCUAAACAAGAGGAGGAGCCUGCCUCCUCCUUCAAACCUACCUACCGGAGAAUUGCUCAUCGAGUCACUGGAACGGGCAGCGGAUCUUAUCGUGAAAUGUUUGAGAGCCUGUAGACGUCCGGAGUUCUAUCAAGUCCACACAGAUCGAUCAAGUUGGGAAGGUGCCCCUGUUGAUCUAUGCCUGCAAGCCUUGCUUGGCACCUUGAAAGAUCCUGAAAAAAUCAUUGGGAUCUGAUCAUCAGUUACAAAUGCAGGGUGUCUCAAGCUAGAACCUGCAGCUAGAUAUAGUCUGACCGGGUAGGUGGCAUGUAAUUGACCUUACUCCUGGUGCCACUGUGUGCGUGAACCGUGAAAAGACAAGUGAGAUUAGCGGCCGAUGCUGUUAGGUCUUGGGAGUACUACUCUACUUAAGUUGUUUAGCUGGCCUUUUCGCCAUGUUAGGUUAUCAAAUUCCAAGAACUUUUAGCUGUAUGUUAUCAUGCAAAAUUGCAAUUCGAAAUCCUUAUGCAUGUUUAUAUGA